CACACCAACUUCAUAGCUCUCAAGGUUCCUUUUUCCAUUUUUUUCCUUGGCCAAACAACUUAAUGGCACAAAUGAGUUGGGUUUCAACACAAACACUGCCCAAUUCUUCUGUUUUUGGGCGUGGAAAGCUCACCUUACCACAACGUGUGGAAGGGAAAAUAGGGUGAGGAUUUUCCUGAAGAGCUGAAAGGUGCAGGAAAGGCACAAGUGAUUAUGUUUUCAGAGGAACGUGAUAAGGGUCCGUUUGUGGUAACCUUAUCGCUUCAAAAACUUGGGCAAGAUGGUCAUAGAGUGGUUCUCUUGGAGCGUGAUUGGAUGCCGAUUGUUAGGGCUCUUGGGCUGAGAAAAGGAGACACUGUGAGUAUUUUUCUCUUAAAUAAACAGGCGUGGACUUAUUUAAUUACAGUGGAAAGGGCUACAGGUGAGGCGAACCAACCAAAUCAACCGCUAAGAAUGGAGUUUGACCUCAAUGAACCAGUUCAGAUGGAAAUUGACCUGAACGAGCCUGUCCAACUGGACAUGGAGAACAAUCUGAACCAACCAAAUCAACCGCCAAGAAUGGAGUUUGACCUCAACAAACCAGUCCACCCCCAGAGCGACUGAGGCCACCAAGCUGACCCACGGCACAGCGCCGGCGCGCGGGAAGCGAAUGGGUUGCGUUGGUUUGUAGUGUUGUUAUCACCUUUGAUUUGAUAGUCAGUACGGCUUCCUUGGAUUGAAUUGCCUUUUUUAUUUUUAUUUUUUUAUGUUUGGGAUGGCUUGCUUUUUUUUUUAUGAUGUUUGGGAUAGGUUGCUUUUGUCCUAUUGUGUUUGCGUCUGAUGUUAUAUUUAUAUAUAUAGAUAUGGAACUUCACCAAGCAACCUCAUAACCGCGCGCUUUAUUGAAAUUGAUAAAUUGGAUGGAUUUCU